UUGAUUCAGCGUUGCCAGAAGCUUAUGUGAAACCACGCGAAAUUUCACAAAACAAGUAAACAUGCCACUGGAGCCCCAGCGGUAUAAAUACUAUAAAACGCAGUUGGGCGAUUCUUUGCAGAGCGCCACAGCUCUUAUUCGUCAUUAUUACACCACAUUGUGCUCUCAAACAUCACAGCUAAUUGUCCAAGCAGAUCGCAUUUGGGAACUGAGUCAACGGCACCGUUUGCUUGCUGGCAUAAAGGAAGCUGCUGCCGCCACCCUACUCUCAGCUUGUCAUGACGCAUACCAACCCAUAUACCACUGCAUAAAGCAACUACAGGAAGCAGUGUUUGCGCUCUCUAUUCAUGUGACAGACUUCGAACGUGAAUACCAAGCUCUGCAAUCUGAGCUCAACCAAGCGGACGAGCUGCGUUGCUGUUCACUAGCCAAAUGGAACGCUUGGUUAACACAAACAUUGAGGGUAUUACAAACGCAGGUCAAGUUCUUGGAGUUGGAUUCACGUGCACUACUGCCUGGGCUCAUCGAUACCACAACAGUCAAACAGUUUAAACGCGAUCUUGAGGUGACUGCACACUACAAAGCCAGCAUUUGUUUGGGCUUGGCCGAAGCCGAUCGACGUUCUGAGCUUUUGCCUCCGAUUAAUGGAAGGACCAGCACCACACAAUUUAUUUAAACAAAAUAAACGUCUAAUCUAAUAUCAUACAAUCUAUCGUCUUCAACAAAUCAAUUUCUAUGCCGAUUCGCGCGGUAGUUUCCUGCUCCUUGUCGCGGAUCGAUGAUGGUCACAAGAUCACAAAACAAAAACAAAAAAAUAUAAGCAUUGGAUUCUUUUUUUAAGCACUGCAAUACUUGAAAUUUAUUCAAAACAUUUGUAAUUUGGUGUUGUGUGAUUCUGUCUGUAUGUUGUUUAUGGUUUCCAUAUCAUAAUUUUUUUCUCAUAAUAAUUUCCUCCAAGAAAUUG